AUGAGCGAGUGCACGUUUAGGCCCAAGAUCAAAGGCCUACCUCAGAGCUACGGUACAACCAACCAUGACGAUACGCCCUUCCUUCAGCGGGUGAAUCAGUGGCAGAAAGACAAGGAGAAAGACGCUGACACCCGCAAGGCACACGGGCAGGACAAGGAACUGGAAGAGUGCACCUUCACGCCGCGUGUCAACAGCGUGUCUCGCCGCGCGGCUCGAAGCAGGAGGCAGGCUCUCGGCGAGAACCACCUCACUGUGGACGACCGUCUCUACGACGAGUUCGUUCGAAGGGAAAUGGAUCGGUCGCAUCUUGCAGCGGAGAAGGCUGCCAGAGAAGAAGAGCAGCUUCACGAAGAAUGCACCUUCAGGCCAGACCUUCCAACCAAACGAGCCGCCGACGCGAUUGCCGCUGCAGCAGCAGCUGGGGCUGCCGCAGGUGAGGGGGGGGAGAACGGUGUCGACUGGGGCUACACUGUUCCCCGUGGCCGUUCGAGGUACCGCGAAGCUGCGGCCGCUGUGGCGGCAGCUGUGGCGACAGGUGGUGUCGGUGGUGGUGGCAGCGUAUGGGGCGCGGGUAGGCGCGCGAAUGGGGGGCGCGUAAAUGGCCGCAAAGUUGGGGGAAGGUGCGGUGGGAGGCGGCAUUGGGAGCUUGAGCCGUGCACCUUUACGCCGAACGUUAUCGGGGCGCGCAAGGGGAUGGAUCAGGCGCAGCAAUACUUGCAGGGCUUCGGGGUUGGCCGUGAAGGCAUCUCUACGACGAACUGGGAUAGCGGCGAUGGAGACAAGCAGCUGGCCUAUGGUCCCGAAAGACAAGAGGCACAAUCUCCUAGGCAACGAAAGGGAGGAGGCGGGAGCGACACUAGUAGCAGCUUUCACGCGUUCUUGUCGAGACAGAACAAGUUGGAGACCGACAAGUUGAAGCACAUCGACCAAAUUCAGGUAAUGCGACAACACACGUUCCAACCCGAGAUAUGCGCCGAGAGUACCAAGAUCCACAAGGAGAGCAACAAAGGCGAUUUCCUCCAGAGAGUGGCCAGGGACGCAGCUCGGAAGGAACACGAGGCCGUCAGACAGAAGGCUGCUGGAUUGCACGAUCCUGACUGCACGUUCAAGCCACAGAUCACGGCUCGUUCUGCUACUCUUCAAGCGAGGAGCGUCGUGGAACUUAGCAGAGGAGACCAGCUCAAACGGGAGACUACUCAACGUCUCAGCAGGCUCAGGGCAGAGCAGGAGCUGCUGGCAGACACAACGUUUCGGCCUAGGAUCAACGCGGAUGCGGCUUCACGGAUGGCCGUCUCAAAGCUAAAGGUGGUCUCCGACCCCGACAACUACAUCGCUACCGUUGAGACGCUAAGAAGGCGAAAGGAAGAGUCGGUUGUGAAGGGGGCCAUUGAGAGGGCGGCCAAGGAGGUGGAAGGGUGCACCUUCAAACCCGAAACCACGGAGUGUCCGGCCUACAUCACGAGGAUCGCUCAGAGCAUCUGUGCGUCGAAAGCUCUCCCCGGACCCGGUGGUGGGAAGAAACAAGUCAAGAAUGCCAAACCGGAUUGGCGAUGA